GGAAUAAAAUAAAUAAACGCAGGGUACCAAAAAGAAAAAAGUGUUUCCCGCCCGCGUGAAUCCCUGUUGGUAGAUAGAUAGCUCUUUUUGCUCUCCUUGGAUAGAGCAUAACUUUUGAGUUCGUUUCUUGUAUUCGUUAUUGCUAUUGUCAUUCUCACACCACCCACCAUGGCCACCACCACAGCCAGCACUUCAGAGCCCCCCAAACAAAGACCCUCGGCGCUGCGCAGCAUCAUCGCCGGCAGCACGGCGGGCGCCGUCGAAAUCGCAAUCACGUAUCCGUUUGAAUUUGCAAAGACGCGGACGCAGCUGAAUAGGAGAUUGCCCGAGAGCGGGAAGCUGCCGUGGCCGAAGUUUGGGAGCGCCUGGUAUGCCGGGUGCACGACGCUGAUUAUUGGGAAUUCGUUGAAGGCGGGGAUUAGAUUCGUCGCAUUCGAUCAAUAUAAAGCACUACUCCAAGACGCCGAUGGAAAGAUUUCCGGACCCAGAACUGUAAUUGCUGGAUUUGGAGCUGGUGUUACGGAGAGUUUACUUGCAGUGACGCCUUUCGAGAGUAUCAAAACCACUUUAAUCGACGACCGCAAAUCCGCCAAACCUCGUCUUCGAGGCUUUCUCCACGCCGUUCCCAUAAUCGCCCGCGAGAGAGGCCUGCGCGGAUUCUUCCAAGGUUUCGUCCCCACCACCGCCCGUCAAUCUGCCAAUUCGGCUGUCCGUUUCGGUUCCUACACUUCGCUGCGUCAGCUCGCGCAAUCUUAUACCGCGCCCGGGGAAAAACUGGGCGUUUUGUCUACCUUUGGAAUCGGGGGGUUGGCAGGUAUCAUCACGGUUUACGUGACGCAACCGCUCGAUACGGUCAAGACGCGCAUGCAGAGUAUCGAGGCGAGAACGCUGUAUAAGAAUAGUUUCCACUGCGCGAGUUUGAUUGCGAAGAAUGAGGGGUUGUUUACAUUUUGGAGUGGGGCCUUGCCGAGAUUGGGGAGAUUGAUCUUGAGUGGCGGGAUUGUGUUUACGAUGUAUGAACAGAGUAUUGAGUUGAUGGGCAGAGUGGAUCCGAAUGGUAGAUUUAUCUAGGGGGGUGGCAAUGGGGAGGGGAGGGGAGGGGAGGGGAGGGGAGGGGAAGGGAAUAUGCAUCUUGGGGCAAACAGUAAAGAAUCGACAGACCUCGUAGAAUUCCGUCAUCUACCUCGAGGAUACCAGCUUGGCAGUGGAAUCACAGCUUGCAAGUUUGGAUAUCUGGGGUUGUAAUCUCGGUAGGAGGAAUGGAGUGAUGAGCUGUGUGCUUUCGUAUACACGUACUGUGCAGAGCAAGAGUUGCUAUUGCACUUCCUUUACUUUCCUCUCGGGCUCAUAGAAAGUAGAAGGGAAGAAUGAAAAGGGAAAGAAAGCAAAAAUGAGCUUGGCAUCUAGCUAGAGAUUCAGAGUUUCACGACUCGAGUAAAUAUGCUUCGAUAAUUGGAUCAUGAUUCCCCA